UAGAGCAUUCAAUUGUUGAUAGUUUAACCCAGGAAGCUACACUUAUAUCUUUCCUCUGACUAAUAAACCAUUUCAUCUGUGCGUUUCUUCUAAUAGAUUCGCUUUCAUGAUAUGCUAAGAUCAGAACACCAACACGGAUACCAGGAUGAACUGAGAAUGGGUCGAAGCUGUGAAGGUUGUCUGAAGGAAGAAUUCUCUCCAAGGAACUUUCUUCUGAAUCACAAGAAUCCCCUCACCUUUAUUCAGUUUCAGUGUGGCAAACCUCGCCUGUAUGCGGCAUGGCGGUUGUUUGGCGUGUGCGUGUGUGCGACUCUGGUGGGGGUCAGUCUGCACCUGUCGCAGUAUUUCGCCACGAGUGCGGCUAACCGUUGGAAGUGGCCGAUCUUCCUCACCAACUGGAGUCUGGUCGUCCUGCUGGUCAGCGCGGUCUGGGAUCUAGCCGUGACUUUCCACACACAGUGCAAUCGCAAGGACGUGCUCACAGGAGACUGCCACCUGAUGCCCUGGUACCUGAAGGCCGACUGGGUUAUCCACAACAUCGCUGGACCCGCUGCCUUCUCCAUAUCCCUCAUGUACUGGACGCUGUUGUACACACCUGGCCAGAGCUUUGAAGGGUUUCGGAUUCUCUCAUUUUUAAGCCAUGGUAUAAAUUCUAUUUACGCGUUUAUCAACAUCAUCGUCAGUGGCAUACCAACGAGAAUAUUGCACUUUUAUCAACCUCUUAUCUAUGCCAUCACUUACGUCAUUUUUACCGUCGUGUACCACGCAGCAGGCGGAGCCAAUGACAAGGAUGAACCGUAUAUUUACUUGCCACUUGAUUGGUCAGCACCGAACAAGGCCGGUCCAGUGGCCUUGGGCGCAAUAGUUUUGGGACUCGCUAUGCACUUGUUUGUGUAUUUUAUAGCUUUUCUAAGAGAACUUGUUGCAUCGAAACGCUGCGGUGCCAAAUUGACCAGUACUUCCGACGAUGGCAAUGAGUAGUGGACCGUGAGUGUGAAAGAAAAAGCCAAGAUUCAGAUAUAACUGGGUUUUUUGUUUAGAUCAAUGAGUUCAUGGGAUGCAACCGAUAUUUUUCAUGUUAAAAUGCAAAAUAUAGAUAUCUAUUGUAUAAUAAGAAAUUAUCCAGUGAACACGCACACGUGAGAGAGAGAGAGAGAGAGAGAGAGAGAGAGAGAGAGAGAGAGAGAGAGAGAGAGAGAGAGAGAGAGAGAG